ACAGACAGAGAGACGGCCAGAGGGAGGGCCGGACGGACAGACAGACAGACGGCCAAAGGGAGGGCCAGACAGACAGACAGCCAGACAGAUACCCUGUGGUGGAGGUACAGUAGUGGAGGCACCGUGAUUCUCUUGAGUAAUUAGUCUCUUUCAACAGUAGCUGACUGACAGAGGGUACCUGAUAUGUUUCUUGAUAACUUCAGCAGCGUUGUGCAUUUCUCUCUAGAGUAAGGGGACAAACUGUCCUCACAAAGAACUAAAUAGAAGCUGAAUGACAGACCAAGGAAUGGAGAACCAUGACAAGGGUGGAGGUGAAGGAGGAGGAGAAGGAGACAAGAAACAUCUCCCAGAGGAGGUGAGCGAGAGCGACAAGGAGACCAAGGACCAGCGCAACAAGGCGGAGAAGGGAGAGAAGGAGACAGAGAACAAUGGCAGUGAAAAGGAGAGGCUUGAGGGGAAAAGGGAAAGCUGUCGUCGCUCAGGCUCCCUGUGGAGGGGGGGCUGGGCCCUGACGGAGCGGCUAGCCAUCAACGUGUCGGGGAUGCGCUACGAGACACAGCUCCGCACUCUGGCCCAGUUCCCUGACUCCCUCCUGGGGGACCCUAACCGCAGAAUUCGCUACUUUGACCCUCUGCGCAAUGAGCUGUUCCUGGACCGGAACCGGAACUGCUUUGACGCCAUCCUCUACUUCUACCAGUCUGGCGGGCGGCUGCGGCGGCCUGCCAACGUGCCCCUGGAUGUGUUCUUGGAUGAGCUGCGCUUCUAUGAGCUUGGUGAGGAGAUCAUGGAACGCUUCAAGGAGGAUGAGGGCUUCCCCAAGGAGGAGGUGCCUGCGCUGCCUGAGAACGAGAUGCAGAGGAAGGUUUGGAUGCUUUUUGAGCACCCAGAAUCCUCCUCGGGCGCACGCAUCAUCGCCAUCAUCAGCGUCAUGGUCAUUGUGGUGUCCAUCGCCAUCUUCUGCUUGGAGACGCUGCCCGACUUCAGGAACGAGAAGGAGCUCCGAGAGAAAUUCACCUACCAGCCCCAUCCUACCCUCCCCAACAUCACCAUCCUGGUCCCUCCCACUGGCAGUGCUUUCCAUGACCCCUUCUUCCAGGUGGAGACCAUAUGUAUCUUCUGGUUCUCCUUUGAGCUCAUUAUGCGCUUAGCCAGCUCCCCCAGUAAGCUCCACUUCUUCAAGGACGUGAUGAACACUAUCGACUUCCUCGCCAUCAUUCCCUUCUUCGUCACUCUGGGCACAGAGCUGGCCAGGGACAAAACCUCCAACAAGGACCCGGGCAUGUCUUUGGCCAUCAUCAGGGUCAUUAGGCUGGUCAGGGUGUUCAGGAUAUUCAAGCUGUCGCGUCACUCCAAGGGCCUGCAGAUCCUGGGCCAGACUCUGAAGGCCAGCCUGAGAGAGUUGGCCCUGCUCAUCUUCUUCCUCUUCAUCGGAGUCAUCCUCUUCUCCAGCGCUGUCUACUUCGCCGAGGCGGACAGCCCCGACACGGUGUUCACCAGCAUCCCCGAGGCCUUCUGGUGGGCCGUGGUCUCCAUGACGACAGUGGGCUACGGGGACAUGUACCCUACGACUCUGGGGGGCAAGCUGGUGGGCUCCAUGUGUGCCAUCGCUGGUGUGCUCACCAUCUCCCUGCCAGUCCCCGUCAUUGUGUCCAACUUCAGCUACUUCUAUCACCGAGAGACGGAGUGUCUCGAGAAAAUCAGUGAGUACACCCACAUCAGCACCUCUCUCUGGGAGGGUGAGGAUGAGGAGGGAGACGAAGGGGAGGGAGAUUACACUCCCCUGUAUGUGGGCGACUGCAAGGGAAUCUGUAAUCCCCUCAAUGGGACACUGCUGUCAGGACUGUGUGCGGGGCAGGACGGGUGGGAGAACAAAGGCAACGUGUACCUCAGGGAACCCCUGGUCACUCAGGUGUGAGACAGGAUAGAUGGAUAGACAGAGGAUCUGCUGAAUACAACCCUGGUACUCUGCCUCUAAGUUAAAUAGAGAGAAAGAUAAAGGAGGAUGGCAAAGUAAAGGAGAAGAGAUACAAAAAAAAUACUAUUUUACUCAAGGACUUACUUGCACGCUUGCACCGUCAAUGGCUUACACCGUUUACUACAAACAGAACUGAUGAGACCAUGGCAGAUAUUGUGACAGCUUGCUUUUUGCUAAUGUCACUGAGAAUCGAGUAUGAUGCCAUCAUAUUGACAAUAAAAACAGCUGAAACAGAAUGUAUAUUUAUUUAUUAUAUAUUUACCAGAUUGUAAUAACAGUUUAUACAGUACAUACAACUCUAGCAAUUGUAAAUGUUGGUGUUUAUAAGACAUGAGUGAAUUGCAGUGCCAUUUUAUAUGUUAUUGUGUGCUAGCUAGCUAAAUGCACAGGGCCGUUUUGAAUGUGUGUAGAGGGUUGACUAAGGGCGUUUUUACCAUUUUUGUGAACCCAGUGCAGUUUGCAAAUUUUUUUGUGCAGCGUGAACACUCUCAAAGAACUCAGACCCCCUCAGAAGAGCCCCCUAAGCAAACCGAACUGAGAUCAUCUCGAGAGCUGGUCUGAGUUCGGUUCUCCUGAAUUCCGAGGUUUGAUUCCUUUUUUAGGGCAAUGUGAACACAAAGCUCCCCGGGUUCACUUGUCAUUAUUUCCGCACGACACACUAGACUACUGCAGCAUUGUUUCCCUUGCCGUUACCACUCACAUUGGUGCGACAAAAGAGAGAAGUGGAUGUGCAGGUUCAUGGAAAAAAAUGUUUUUUUUUAUAUUGAUUAGCGAUUGCCACAGAAAUGUUUAGUUUUUUGUUCAGAUUAUUUGUUUGCCAUAUGUGAUCUAUAGGCUAAGAGAGGUUCAUAAACUGUUUAUUUGAUUGUGGGGUUUGAAUAGUGUGAGAAGACAACAACAUAU